AUGAAGUUCAAAGUCCCAUUAAGAAUCGGAAUAGUGCAAUUGAACCCUCAAAUAGGCCAAACGAAAGAUACAACAACAAGAGCUUGGAAACUAUUGGACGAGUUCCAGGCCAAAAACAAGGGCCGUAGCCCAGAUAUCCUAGUGUUCCCGGAAUUUGCAUUAACGGGCUACAGUUUCCACGAUAGAAAUCACAUUCUGCCAUACACUUCAAAAGUGGGCGAAGGUCCAACUUAUCAAUUUGCUCAACAAGUCUCGAGGAAAUUCAACUGUUACACGGUCAUUGGGUACCCUGAGAAGACCAGCGACGAUUCCAAGACCGCCACGCUCUACAAUAGUGCGGUGAUGGUCAAUUCUUCCGGAGAUCUAGUGUUCAACUACCGCAAAUCUUUCCUAUACUAUACAGAUGACGAUUGGGGUUGCCAAGAGAACCCAAUGGGGUUCCAGCAGUUCGAGAUUCCAGUGAAUGCUCAAGAUCCAGAUGGAACUACCCGUCAGAUUGCCUUGAAAACGGGUAUUGGGAUAUGUAUGGAUCUCAGCAACUAUAAAUUCGAAGCUCCAUUUACCGAUUAUGAGUUUGCUACGUACCAUUUGGACCACGGAACAGAGCUUCUCUUGUGUCCCAUGGCAUGGCUACACUCGGCUGCAAUUACCAAGGACACUGCGGAUCCGCAAGAGCAAUGGUCUGUGGUUCAAUCGGUGCUUGAUAAGUACCAAUUGCCCGAGAUAGGGUCGCAGGGAAACUUUGAGUUCAAUUUGGACAAGCCAACAAACGUUGAGCCAAUGCCGUUUGAAGAGGCACUCUCGGUAAAGUCGUAUGACAACUUGGACAAACCAGAUAUCUGCAAUAUCACGUACUGGAUCCUACGGUUCACGCCGUUUGUAGCUUUAAAGAAACGGUACGAGUGGUUCCACAGCAAAGUGUUAGUGCCAUACUUUGCGCACAGUUCCAACAAAACGUACAUUGGGUCAUCGUUGGCCAAACCGUGGGUACAUGAGGGCAAGGAAACUGUGCUGGUGCUUGCAAACAGGUGUGGUAUCGAGGACAAAAAGACCGUGUAUGCUGGUUCGUCAGGGAUCUAUAAGUUCAAUGGCCGCACUCAUGGUAAUCAGGACGAGAGCGUGGAUACAACGAACCAAAGCGUCGACUUUUUGGGCAACUUGAGCAAAGGACUCGAAGGCAUGAUAGUAAGGGACGUGACUCUAGAAGUUGAACGCGAAUCGGAAUGA